AUAAAUUUUGCCAAACACACAAGUAGUGCGUGUACAAUAUACACAUCACGCGGUAUUUGAAGAUGUCGUUCUUGUCUAACGCCUUAGAUAGUUCCAUUUCUUUGAAAUAGUGUAACUUAGUGGCUGUGAUUGUGUGGAUUAUUAUGUACCUGACUAAGUUUAUUAAAGUUUAAUUUAUUAAAUAAGUUAAAAAUGGACUUCAUUAUUGGAGGUCUAGCUGGUGCCGGUGCAACUAUUUUCACCAAUCCAAUGGACGUGGUGAAGACGCGUCUGCAGUUGCAGGGCGAACUGCGUGCGCGCAGCGAACACAGCACACGCUACAGAGGUAUCUUCCACGCACUAUACGUCAUCGCGAAAGCGGACGGAGCCCUCGCAUUGCAGAAGGGACUCGCGCCGGCCAUGCUCCUGGGAUUCAGUAUGAAUUCUGUAAGGCUUGGCAUGUACCACAUAGCUGAAGUACAAGGAUGGACAAAAAUAGAUGGAGAUGUUAGCUUACACAAGACAUUGUUUUGGUCAAGUGCGAGUGGUGUUAUGAGUGGCCUAGCCGCAAAUCCUGCAUCUGUUGUAAAGACUAGGAUGCAAGCUGCCGCACACCCUAGCAUAGCUGUAGGAAGACAACAUGUUUAUGAUGGAAUGAUGGAUGGAUUCGCCAAAAUAUAUAAGUUUGAGGGUUUGCGGGGAUUUUUUGCUGGAGUCAACGCAACUUGUAUGAGACUAGCCAUAGGAAGCGCGGCACAACUAACAACAUUUUCGACUGCAAAAGAAACACUACUCCACAAUGGGAUAUGUGAGCGAUCACCGCUGGGGCUCGCAUUUGCCGCGAGCUGCCUUAGCGGUUUCAUGGUUGCUUUGGCAAUUUGCCCCUUCGAUGUGGUCGCAGUACGACUCUACAAUCAGGGCUCCUCGUCAAAAGGUGAAGUUUUAUACAAAGGUGUUAUUGACUGUCUAACUAAAACUUAUAAAACAGAAGGACUGCAUGGUCUCUACAAGGGAAUAGGACCACUUUACCUCAGGAUAGCGCCUCACACGACGUUGUCGCUAGUCAUAUGGGACAUGUUGAACAUAUUAUUCGAUAAUAAAAGAAAUUCUUAAAA